UUCGCAUUUCAGCUGGCCGAUAUGGUGAAUCUGCACUUCUUGAAUACAAUGCAGGCAUUGCAACAGUGCAAUUCAGCCGUUUUAUGCCAAUUGAGUGCAAUGUGGCAGCCAAUUCUGACGGCAUAUCACGCGCAGAUACCGUCACAGUUGCGUAUCAAGCUCGAUUCAUGUGAAAAUCAACCGUCAUUACAGUCUCAGCCUUUAUCACAAUGGCUGAAACGCGUACGAUAUAAAAUAUCACAAAUCGAGCUGCAAACCUCAGCCGCUUCACCGUUUUACAAUGUUUAA